UACGGGAAGCACGGAACACCACAGAAGUAUGACCCCGCCUUCAAAGGACCCAUUUACAACAGGGGCUGCACAGAUAUCAUUUGCUGUGUGUUCCUCCUCCUGGCCAUUGUGGGCUAUGUGGCUGUAGGCAUCAUAGCUUGGACCCAUGGGGACCCUCGAAAGGUGAUCUACCCCACUGAUAGCCGAGGCGAGUUCUGCGGGCAGAAGGGCACAAAAAACGCGAACAAACCCUACCUGUUUUAUUUCAACAUUGUGAAGUGUGCCAGCCCUCUGGUCCUGCUGGAAUUCCAGUGUCCCACCCCACAGAUCUGUGUGGAGAAAUGCCCCAACCGUUACCUCACCUACCUGAAUGCUCACAAAUCCCAGGACUUUGAAUACUACAAGCAGUUCUGUGUGCCUGGCUUUAAGAACAACAAGGGUGUGGCUGAGGUGCUCCGGGAUGGCGACUGCCCCGCUGUCCUCACCCCCAGCAAACCCUUGGCCCAGCGAUGCUUCCCUGCCAUCCAUACCCACAAAGGGGUCCUUAUGGUGGGCAACGAGACGACCUAUGAGGAUGGACUCGGUGCUCGGAAAAACAUUACGGAGCUGGUGGAAGGCGCCAAGAAGGCCAAUGGAGUCCUGGAGGCCCGACAGUUGGCCAUGCGGAUAUUUGAAGAUUACACCGUCUCCUGGUACUGGAUUGUCAUAGGCCUGGUCAUCGCCAUGGUGAUAAGCCUCCUGUUCAUCGUCCUGCUCCGCUUCUUGGCUGGCAUUAUGGUCUGGGUGAUGAUCGUCAUGGUGAUUCUGGUGCUGGGCUAUGGAAUAUUUCAUUGCUACAUGGAGUACGCUCGACUGCGUGGUGAGGCCGGCUCCGACAUCUCCCUGGUGGACCUUGGCUUCCAGACAGACCUCCGCGUAUACCUGCACUUGCGCCAGACCUGGAUGGCCUUCAUGAUCAUUCUGAGCAUCCUCGAGGUUAUUAUCAUCCUGUUGCUCAUCUUUCUACGGAAGAGAAUUCUCAUCGCCAUUGCACUCAUCAAAGAAGCCAGCAGGGCUGUGGGAUACGUCAUGUGCUCCUUGCUGUACCCACUGGUCACCUUCUUCCUGCUGUGUCUUUGCAUCGCCUACUGGGCUAGCACGGCUAUCUUCCUGUCCACUUCCAACGAAGCCGUCUAUAAGAUCUUCAGUGACACUGCCUGCUCAGUUGCUGGGAAAACCUGCAACCCUGAGACCUUCCCCUCCUCCAACGAAUCCCGCCUGUGCCCUGGUGCCUACUGUCAGUUCGCCUUUUAUGGUGGUGAGUCAAAUUACCAUCGAGCCCUCCUGGGCCUGCAGAUUUUCAAUGUCUUCAUGUUCUUCUGGCUGGCCAACUUCGUGCUGGCGCUGGGCCAGGUCACGCUGGCUGGGGCCUUCGCCUCUUACUACUGGGCCCUGAACAAGCCGGAUGACCUACCUGCCUUCCCGCUCUUCUCUGCCUUCGGCCGGGCGCUCAGGUAUCAUACAGGCUCCCUGGCCUUUGGUGCCCUCAUCCUGGCCAUUGUGCAGAUCAUCCGAGUGAUGCUGGAAUACUUGGAUCAGCGCCUGAAAGCUGCGGAGAACAAGUUUGCCAAGUUCCUCAUGACCUGUCUCAAAUGCUGUUUCUGGUGCCUGGAGAAAUUCAUCAAAUUCCUCAACAGAAAUGCCUACAUCAUGAUUGCCAUCUAUGGCACCAACUUCUGCACCUCGGCCAGAAAUGCCUUCUUCCUGCUCAUGAGAAACAUCAUCAGAGUGGCCGUCCUGGACAAAGUUACUGACUUCCUCUUCCUGUUGGGCAAACUUCUGAUCGUGGGUAGCGUGGGAAUCCUGGCUUUCUUCUUCUUCACCCAUCGAAUCAGGAUCGUGCAGGACACAGCACCACCCCUCAAUUACUACUGGGUCCCUAUAUUGACGGUGAUCAUCGGCUCCUACCUGAUUGCGCACGGCUUCUUCAGCGUCUACGGAAUGUGUGUGGAUACACUGUUCCUCUGUUUCUUGGAGGACCUGGAGAGGAACGAUGGCACGGCCGAGAGGCCUUACUUCAUGUCUCCCACCCUCAAGAGGCUUUUGAAAAAGACCAACAAGAAGCCGGCAGAGUCCUAAAUGCCCCGCCCUCCCACACCUCCCCGGAAGUCUCACAGCGGGUGCUCGGCAGCCGGAUCAGAACCCCGGCCCCUCGGGCUUACCUGAUGUCCUAUCACUGCCGCCCCUUCCCGCCCCCCAUCAUCCAGUUACCACCAGUUUCCGGGAACCUGGAGGAUUGGGGCAUCUCCCUAUGCCAACGGCCAGUUGGAGUUUUCACGGUGGCCCCCCCCAAGACAGUGCAAUGAGUCUCUUCAGCCCCCGGCUCAGAUAAGAAGCCCAGCGAGGGGGUUGGCCUCUGUCCUCUGCCUCCCGCAUCCUGUCUCCCUCUUAUGACAGGACAACAUUUGCAUCUGCAGGAGCGGUGGCCAUAGUCAGCUCAAGCUUCUAAGGCCCCCCCCAUUCACUUAUGUGCUCUGACCAGGAUGCCAGGACCCUCUCCAGGGCUGAGCAGCUGGCUACUUGCCACUCCAGGAAUUUCUUUAUUAUUUUUUUUUCAGCCUGGACUUGCAUUAAAGGGUCUAUUAACUUUUU